AAACUGACGCACCACAGGCAAUAAUAGAUGUCUCUAUGAACCGUCUCGCACAGCAGCUGCGUCUCUCGCUAAUCACCGAAUCCACCCGCUUCCUCUCUCUCAAGCUUUCUUACUUUUCUCUCUCCACUUUCCGACUCUGCAAAUCCCUCGCUCGCUCUUUCUUCCUCAAAACCCUAGCUCUUGUCCCUUCUCUAAUGGAUGACGAUUUGUUCUCCACCGCCGACGAUAACUUCCUCGACCUCGAAUUCUCCUCUGCCUCCACUUCCAAUCACUCUUACCGUUACUUUCUCGACGAUGACGACAAUGGCGUUGACAAGCUUUACUUGGUUCCCUGCAGUUGGUGGAGGGAGACGCAAAUUGGUGCUAAUGAAACGGGAGUCUUGUAUGAUGUGUCAGUAAGUAAUGAUGAUGAUGAUAUGGAAAUUGUACUGGAUUUAAGGGAGAUAGAGGACUCCAGGAAAAGUAGUAAUGCAGCUGAAGGGUUUUCUGGUCAGGAGUGUGCUUUGGUCUCUGGGACAAUGUGGUUGCAGGCACUGAAAUGGCAUAAUGAUUCUAAAAAGGCAGUGAAGGAUGUUCAUCACCCUUUUCUUUCAGAAGAUGAUCUAGAAGAUGUCUUUCCUUUACAAAUUAGGCUUUCAGUUUCUUGGGAAACAAAUUCUUUGGUUGUGAAGAUCAGUUUAAAGGACAAUAUGAUUGCUUUUUACAGGAAAGCCUGUGAUAUUUUUGUUUCCAAGGCUGAGCAGGUGCACAUUUGGGACUUCUCAGGGCAAACAACCCAGUUUGUGAAUGAGAGGAUUAACUUGCCUAAUGGUUCUAUGGGACAAUUUGCUGAAGAGAUUCUCCUUGAAUUGCAAGUCCAUGGAUUUUCAGAUUCCAAGAAUAGUAGGGAUGAAAGUGCAGAUGAGAUGAUAGAACAUGACAGAAAAGAUAGUUCCUUCAGCAGUGGUUCGGUUAAAAUGAAUGGAACCAGUGAUUACAUGAACUCCUUUUCAAUGCCCAAAAACUCACCAGUUUCUGGGUAUGGCUAUAGAAGAGUUCGUUUCUUGGGUUUGACAGGAUUACAGAAUCUUGGGAAUACAUGUUUCAUGAAUAGUGCAAUUCAGUGCUUGGCACACACUCCAAAGCUUGUUGAUUAUUUUCUAAGAGAUUACAGAAAAGAGAUAAAUCGUGAAAAUCCGCUAGGGAUGAAUGGUGAGCUUGCUUUGGCAUUUGGAGACUUAUUAAGGAAGCUAUGGGCUCCAGGGGCAUCCCCAGUUGCUCCUAGAAUGUUCAAGCUAAAACUUGCUAAAUUUGCUCCUCAGUUCAGUGGAUAUAAUCAGCAUGAUUCUCAAGAAUUUCUUUCCUUUUUGUUGGAUGGACUGCAUGAAGAUUUGAAUCAUGUGAAAUGCAAGCCGUACAUAGAAGUGAAAGAUGCAGAUAACCGUUCAGACAAAGAAGUGGCAGAUGAAUAUUGGCAGAAUCACCUGGCUCGCAAUGACUCCAUUAUAGUUGAUUUGUACCAAGGUCAAUAUCGUUCAACAUUGGUUUGCCCCAUUUGCAAGCAGAAGUCUGUUACAUUUGAUCCAUUUAUGUACCUAUCACUGCCAUUACCCUCGACAACAAUGCGGACUAUGACUUUGACCAUGUUGAGCAGUGAUGGGAUUACCCUGCAUUCUCCUAUUACUGUAUCUGUGCCAAAUUGUGGGAGGUUAAAGGAUCUUAUUGAUGCCUUGAGCACUGCAUGUUCCUUAAGAAAUGACAAAACCCUGCUAGUGGUUGAGAUAUACAAGAAUAAAAUAUUCCGUUUCCUGGAGGAGCCAUCUGAUUCAUUAGCUUUGAUCAGAGAUGAUGACAAUCUUGUUGCCUAUCAGUUGCCCAAAGUUAAUGAGGCAUCCCCCUUGGUUGUGUUUAUGCAUGAACUAAUGGACAGGCCCUCUGUAUUGGAGAGAGCAGCCCCAAAUUGGAAGUUAUUUGGCAUUCCUCUUGUAGCAAGAUUGUCUGAUCUUUCUAAUGGAUUUGAUCUCCGUAGAAAGUAUCUGAAACUGCUUAAUCCAUUUCUAAUGCCUGCUGAUGAUGUAUUAAAUGAUGGUGAUGAAUCGGGAAUCACAGCUAAUGAAGAUUCUGCGAUGGAGGAUGUCCCUAGCCCAAAUGUGUCUGAUAGUAAUGCAGACUCUGAUGGUGAAACAAAUAGUGACCCUCCAUUCAGUACUGAUUUUCAGUUCUGUAUCAAAGAUGAUCAUGGUGGAUUGACAGAAAUAAAGAUGAAUAAACCGUUACCGGUUCCAAAUAACAAUAGAUUAGAAGUGCAUGUUCUCUGGUCUGAAAAGAUGGUUGAGAGAUAUGAUACAUACGUUCUUAGCUCUUUGCCUGAGGUUUUUAAGUCGCAGUUUUGCGCAAGGAGGCCUCAAGAGUCUGUUUCUUUGUAUAAAUGCCUAGAAGCAUUUUUGAAGGAAGAGCCUUUGGGACCAGAAGACAUGUGGUACUGUCCCAGCUGUAAAAGGCCUCGACAAGCUAGUAAAAAGUUGGAUCUGUGGAGAUUGCCAGAAAUAUUGGUUGUUCAUUUAAAGAGGUUCUCAUACAGUCGAAUCAUUAAGAACAAGCUGGAAACAUAUGUUGACUUCCCAGUUGAGGAUUUUGAUCUUUCAACUUACAUGGCUCACAAGGAUGGCCAAUUUUCUAAUCGUUAUGAACUGUAUGCUAUAAGUAAUCAUUAUGGAGGCAUGGGAGGUGGUCACUAUACUGCAUUUGUUGAUCAUGGCCAUUGUAGGUGGUAUGAAUUUGAUGAUGAGAAUGUUUCUUCUGUUAGCGAGGAUAGGAUCAAAACGUCUGCUGCAUAUGUCCUCUUCUACAAGAGAGUUACUUGACAUUGUUGGGCACUAAUCACAAUUUGAAAUCUGGGUUAAGUGUGGUUGUUUUUUCAGAAGUCAUCAUCCUUUUGCUUAGAGAUUGGAAUUGGAGAAAACAAAUAUGAACACAAGAAAUAUGAACACAAGACAAAGUCAUACAGUUUUUGGAAGGUUCUGGUGAUAGAUGAAAGUUGAUUACAAAUUGAUCGACUACCUUUUGUAUUACAUGUAUAUAUAAUGUUUCACGUGAAGAACAAUGAUAGUUUUGACAAAAAAAUUUUUUCAGGGGUCCAAGUUACCCAUUCCUUAAAAUGUAUAUUGCUUUAAAAAUUCUUUCCGAUGGUUAAAGGAAACUUUGUAUAGUUGGAAUCCUGGCUUCUUCAAGCAUCCCUUGCAUAUCACUUUCUUAGA